AUGCACAUGAAAACCGUGCUCAUCCUCCUCGUUCUGGCUUUAGCCACGAUAUUUGCUUUGGUCUGUGUGCUGCUGACCAGAGGAAGAGCCCCCAGCACCUGCCAGCACCAGCCCCCGGAGCAGGAGGAUCCCGAUGACGGCCAGAGCCUGGUCUUUGCGGAUCUGACACCCGAAGAGCUGGCGCAAGUGGUGCGGUACCUGCAGGGAAACCUUGGGGUGCAGCUGGUUGACGCCUCGCGUGCGAAGCCCUCGGACAACUGCAUCGCCUCCGUGGACGUGCAGGUCCCCGCCAAGGCAGAGGUGCUGCGGUUCCUGGAUGGCGGGGGGGCUCGCCCCCGCCGGGAGGCGCUGGCUGUGCUCUACUUUGGGAACCAGCCGGACCCCAAUGUCACCGAGUACGUGGUGGGUCCGCUGCCGACGCCGGUGUAUCACCGGGACGUCACAGCGCAGAAGUACGGGGGGAAGGUGCCGUACCACCGCAGACCAGCCCUGGCUGUUGAAUACAAACAGCUUGCAGGGUUUUUAAAGAGCCAGGUGUUCCCCACAGCUCCGUCUUUCAUGCGCCAAGUAAUGGAGUACGAUGGAGCCAAUCUAGCAACCCUGACGGCUGCUCCCCGUGGAUUCCAGUCUGGAGAUCGGAUCACCUGGUUCGUUUUGUUCCAGAACGUGAGCGGGUUCUUUGUGCACCCGGUGGGGCUGGAGGUGCUGGUGGAUCACAGCAGCCUGGACAUCUCCCAGUGGGCGGUGAGCAGGGUCUUCUACAACGGGCAGUACUACCGGGACAUGGUCCAGCUGGAGAGCGCCUACGUGCAGGGUCGCAUCAGCGUGGAGAAGGUGAGGAAGGCGCCGCGGGAUGGGGACUUCUCGUCCAUGAAGCCGCGAGCCCCGGCGGCCGCGCUGUUGCCUUUGCAGUACGAGCCCCAAGGUCCCCGGUACAGCGUGAGGAACAACCACGUCCUCUUCCAGGCCUGGAGCUUUGCCUUUGGGAUGAGCGUGACCACGGGCCUGCGCUUGUUUGACAUCCGACACAAGGGGGAGAGGGUUGCCUAUGAAAUCAGCGUGCAAGAGGCGUUGUCAGUGUACGGCUCCAACUGCCCCGGAGGGAUGUCCACGAGGUACAUGGACGGGAGCUUUGGCAUCGGGCGCUACACCUCCCCCUUGGUGCGAGGGGUCGACUGCCCCUAUUUAGCGACGUACCUGGAUGUGCACUACCUCGCUCAUUCCCAGGUCUCUAGAGUUAGUAAAAAUGCCCUCUGCAUCUUUGAGCAGAACCUGGGCUCCCCUCUGAGGCGCCACUACUCCAACUUGCAGUCGCUCUACUACGGGGGGCUGGUCAACUCUGCGCUGGUCGUUCGCUCCAUUGCGACCGUGGGCAACUACGACUACGUGUGGGACUUCAUCUUCUACCAGAACGGGGCCAUCGAAGGCAAGGUCCAGGCCACGGGAUACGCGAGCUCAUCGUUUCUCCAUGGGGAUGGUCUGCGAUACGGCAACAGGGUUUGGGAGCACACGCUGGGUACGGUACACACCCAUUCCAUCAACUAUAAAGUGGACUUGGAUGUGGGAGGUAGGUCUGGGUCUAAUGCCUGCUAUUAUACUGGUAAACUCCAGAGGACUGGUGGGAUAGCCUCCUGCUCUGUGGAAUCCCUCCUAAUGACCUCAGAACUCUGCUUUUUCACUCUCCUAACCUCUUCUUUCAUUGCAAAGUUAUUUUUCUACGUAUAAAAUAGUCCGUCAAGGUCAUGGAGUCGAAGGCAGCGUGAAUUGUCUGGGUUCAGCCCAGGGAAAGUAUGAAAGGUAGCAGCUGAAAAAUGUUUGUUUUUCCUUGAGGCCUCACGUCUGGCAGAGCGCGUGUUGCCAUAGGCAUG